AUGGACUCUUCGAUCCAUGGUAUAGGCCUCGUCCAGCUUGUCGACUGCGAUCCGCGACCUACCUUUAUCGCUGCCCUCUCUCCACCUGGGGGGUCGCCUGCCCGCGACAUAGCAUACAGAAACGUCGCCCUCGAGAUCGACACCACCCUUCUGGCUAGCAUCCUGCAGAUUCCGCACCACGAGACUCACGCGCCCUUCUGGACCUGGGUCACCACCCCAAAGGACCCAGACCAUGUGAUCCACGGCCCCGGCGACCGCCUGUCCUACCUGGGCGUCUGGUGGACCAGGAGCAUCAUCCGGGGUCUCUGGGCCGUCGUCAACGCAAACGACACACCGCCGCCCACCGAGCCGCCCAGGAGGAACAGGAGCCUCGAGGCCAUCUACGAGGUUGGCAUAGCCGCCGACUCUCUCCACCCGGGGGCGGCUGACGAGAACCAUGCCUCCGAGAAGCCUACCGACGCAGACGACGAGAAGUUCCACGUCGAACCGGACCCGGGCCUCAUGCUGCCCGACUUCGGCACCGACACCGAGCCCUUCCUCCACGUCAUACAGAGCGUCAACUGGGAGGAGCAUGCGCUCGGCCCCAUCGACGACUGGCCGGUGCGUCUGCACCAGGCCUUCAACCAGACCAUCCCCGACUCGAGAGCCAUUGCCAUCUACUGGGGGCCCGAGUACCGGGCCAUAUACAACGAGUCCUUCUCCAGGAUCUGCGGCUCCAACCAUCCGGGUCUGCUGGGCGAGUCCGUCCUCAAGGCGUGGCCGCAGCUCGAGGAGAGCCUCGAUACCCUGUGGCGGGCGCCGCCGCACCUGCGCCCUAAGAAGAUCGAGGACGAGUCCAGGUUCUUUGUUCAAAAGGCCGACGGCACCUGCGAGGAGACCUACAUCCGCUGGUCUCUCAGUCCCAUCGUCGAGAACCGCAAGUGCGUCGGCAUGACGCACUCCCUCCUGGACACCACCUCGAUGCGCCUCUGGGAGAGGAGGAUGAAGAUGCUCGUCGACCUCGGCGAUAACCUCAUCACCGCCCGCGACGUCAACUCGUACUGGACCAUGAUCCUCCAGCAGCUCGAGCGGUGGAGCCCCUCGUACGACGUGCCGCUCGCCUUCAUAUACUCGGUCAACGAGGACGACGACACCGCUUCCAGCGGGUCCCGGUACGACUGCCCCAGGACCUGCCGCCUGGCUGGCUCCCUGGGCGUCCCCCCGAACCACCCGCUUGCGCCGCCCACGCUCGACCUCGGAGACACGGACCAGGGGCUGGCAUCCAGGUUCCGUGAGGCCCUCAAGACCCAGGUGGCCCUCCUCAUCCAGACAAAGGACGGCGGCCUGCCCGAGGAGCUCUUUGGCGGUCUACAGUGGCGCGGGUUCGGCGACCCGUGCCAGGCGGCCGUCAUCCUGCCCAUCCGCCCCACCAAAGACGAGAACAUCAUGGGCGUCCUCUUCCUCGGCCUGAACCCCCGCCGCCCGUACGACAACGACUACAGGCAGUUCAUCUCGCUCCUGAACCAGAAGCUCACGAGCUCGCUCGCCUCGACAGUCCUCCUCGAGGAGGAGGCCCGCCGGGGCCGCAACGCCGCCGCCCAGGCCGAGUACGACACGGCCAUGCUGCAGAAGAAGCUCGCCUUCCAGACGGAGCAGGCCAACCAGUCGAUCCAGAACUUCAAGGCUGUCGCCGAGUUCAUCCCCGUGGGCAUGUCUUUCAUCGAUAACCAGGGCAACGUGACGUUUGCCAACGACGCCUGGUACCGCCUGACCGGUUACCCCAUGAGCCGCAUCGACCAGCUCGCCCUGCUCGAGUGCGUCCUCCCCGAGGACAAGCCCAAGGUCCAGGAGGCCUACGAGAAGCUCAAGGUCCAGGACGUCGUGACGUUCGAGUUCCGCAUCCCCAGAGAGAACAUAGAGGGUGAUGGCCGCGCCGCGCGGUCGUCCGUGCCCGGAUCCGGCACCGCCUACGACCCGCGCGUGGGGCGGCACAUACUGGCGUCGUCCAAGGCAGAGCGUGAGACCGACGGCAGCAUCGCGAGGAUGCUCACCUGCCUCAUGGAUGUGACGAAACAGAAGGACACGGCCGAGGAGGCUGUCAGGCGCGCGCAGGAGGCGGAGAAUCUGAAGCGUCUGGCCGAGUUCGCCACGGUGGGCAUGUACGACAUCAGCCUAGACGGGCGGGUGCUGAGCGCCAACAAAUCUUUCUGGGACCUGAGCGGCCUGGACAAGGUGGACCUGACGACGGCCAUUGUCGAGCCCUUCCAGACGAGUGUCGUCGAGGAGGACCUUCCCAUGCUGCUCGCCAAGCUAGAGGAGCUGAAGCAGACGCGGAAGCCCCAGAGCGCCGAGAUCAGGCUCAAGACGACGUGGACGGCCGAAGACUCGGCGGGCAACACCAUCGCUGCCGCCCGCUCCGUGCUGGCCACCUUUAUGCCGGUGACGAGCUCCGAUGGCGUGCUGCAGUCGUUCACGGGCUGCAUCAGCGACGUAUCACUGCAGAAGUGGCAGCUCGAGCGCGAGAGGAGGCGCAAGGAGGAGGCCAUCGAAUCGAAGCGCCAGCAGGAGAACUUCAUCGACAUGACGUCGCACGAGAUGCGCAACCCCCUCAGCGCCAUCAUCCACUGCACCGACGCAAUCAUUGCAUCGCUGUCCAUGAUUGGCGACAUGGCGUCGACGGGCAUACGACCCAAGGCACCGAUGCCCCUGACAGAGCUAGCAGCAGGGUCGGGGACGGAGCGACCGGAGACGCCGCAGACGCGGUGGCAGUCGAUGUCCGACGAGCUCCUGGAACUGCGUCGGACCCGGCUGGCGGCGCGCAAGCUCAUCCGCGACGCCAUCGACCAUGCCGAGACGAUUGAGACGUGCGCUCAGCACCAGAAGCGCAUAGUGGACGACAUCCUGACCAUGUCGAAGCUGGAUUCGAAGCUGCUGGCCGUGACACCCUGCACGGUGAACCCCAUCACCAUCGUGCAGGACGCGCUCAAGAUGUUCGAGGUGGAGGCGCGGCGGGUGGACAUCGCGCUCACCUGGGAGGUGGACGAGUCGUACACGGCCCUCGGGCACGAGUACCUCGACUUCGACCCGUCGCGCGUCAAGCAGGUGCUCAUCAACCUGCUGACCAACGCGCUCAAGUUCACAAAGUCGGGCAAGGUGCGCAACGUGGGCAUCAGCAUCAAGGGGUCCCGACACCCGCCCGGGCGAGACCUGGCGGCCGUCGACUUCAUCCCCCGCUUCAUGGACCUGGCCGACGAGUACGAGCAGCCGGCUCUCAAGGACCGCAAGGACCCGGUGUACCUCCUCUUCGAGGUGACGGACACGGGUCAGGGGCUCAGCCCAGAGGAGAAGGGCAGCCUGUUCAACAAGUUCGUGCAGGCGAGCGCCAAGACGCACGUCAAGUACGGGGGGUCCGGACUGGGCCUCUUCAUCUCGCGACGCCUCACAGAGCUCCAGCACGGCGCCAUCGGCGUGUCCAGCCAGCAGGGCGUCGGGUCGACGUUUGCCUUUUACAUUGGCGCGUACGUGCCCAGCGACCGGGCGCGCGUCGAGGCCGAGGAGGCCGCCCAGGCGGCCCUGCAGGUGCACAACGGCCUGCACGGCGGCGGCUCAGGCAGUCCGGGCGGCCCGGGAAGCCACCCGUCAUCGCCGACGUCAGCAAACGGGCGGCUGUCAAUGGACGGCUCGGCCGACGGAACCAGGUCGGGGGGGUACCCUGCUGUUCCGCGCGUGGACGGCAUCCUCAUCGUAGAGGACAACUUGAUCAACCAGCACAUUACGCGUCGAGGUCUCGCAGGGAGAGGGUACGCAGUCGACGUGGCGAAUCACGGCAUCGAAGCUCUAGAGAAGCUUCAGAGGCCGACUACAGCUACCGCCACCGCAACCUCCACCGUCACCAUAGAUGGCACUUCAGAUGCGAACGGAGAGCAGCAUCAUCCGGAACGCAGAAUCGCAACGACGCAAGACGCAGCAGAUGCAUCAUCUACACCGUCCGCAGAAGGCGAAGACGACGACGACGAGAGGAAAAGCAGCACGUCAUCGUCAGCGGAGCACAAGGACCCCGUCCCCAUCAACCUGGUCCUCAUGGACGUGGAGAUGCCGGUGCAGGACGGGCUGACGUGCACGCGGCAGAUACGCAACCUGGAGGCCCAUGGUGCCGUGUUCUGCGCCUCGGGCGGCCGGCUGCCGAUCAUCGCCGUCACGGCAAACGCCAGGCCAGAGCAGGUGUCUGAGGCCAAGCUGGCGGGGUGCGACGACGUGCUGGUCAAACCGUACAGGAUCCCAGAGCUGAUUGACAAGAUGCAGACUGUUACCAGGAGGCUCAAAGAGCAGGGAUUCUGA